AUGCUGUCUCUGUUGCUGGUCCUCGCAGGCCUGGGCCGGCUGACCUCCGGCCAGCACUCUGAAACCCAGUUUCUGCAAAUUACAGUGCCACGAAAGAUCCAGACAAACACCAGGGACGGCGAUGUUUCAGAAACGCAUAUCACUUAUCUUAUCAAAAUUGAAGGGAAAACAUACACUUUCCAUCUUGAAAAACAGUCAUUUUUACACCCACGUUUCUUCGUGUAUUUAUACAACAAAUCAGGAGCAAUGUAUCCAGAUUCUUCAUUUACAAAGGACCAUUGCUUUUAUCAAGGAUAUGCUGAAGAGAUUCCAAAAUCAGUUGCGACACUAAGCACUUGUUCUGGACUCAGGGGAAUGCUGCAGUUAAAGAAUAUCAGUUAUGGUAUUGAACCAUUGGAAUCUUCACCUACAUAUACACAUAUACUUUACCAAAUAAAGGCUAAUACAGUUGAUGAUUCCUCCUUUCAAGAAAAGUACUCUGUCACCCAAUAUUUAGAUGAACCCUACAGGAUUCUUGUCAACUCAGAAAAAACUUCAGGUGAUGCAUUAUUGAAAAGAACUCUGAAAGUACGAAUUAUUAUGGAUAAAUCCAUGUAUGAUUAUAUGGGCUCUGAAGUGGCAGUUGCAGUUCAGAAAGUUACCCAAAUCUUUGGUUUUAUCAACACUAUGUUUUCCCAGCUUAAAAUGACAAUUAUGCUAUCUUCUUUGGAGGUAUGGUCAGAUCAAAGUAAAAUUUCAACAAGUGGGGAUGCUGAUGAAUUACUACAAAGAUUUUUAUCUUGGAAACAAACAUUUUCCUUCCAAAGGUCCCAUGAUAUGGCAUACUUAUUAAUUUAUAGGGACCAUCUUACUCACGUGGGAGCAACUUAUCAUGGAAUGGCAUGUGAUCCCAAGUUUGCAGCAGGAGUUGUUCUGUAUUCAAAGAAGAUAACUUUAGAGGCCUUUUCAGUUGUUAUGGUACAGUUGCUUGGAAUUAAUCUGGGAUUAACAUAUGAUAACAUCUACAAUUGUUACUGUCAAGGAGCUACAUGCAUAAUGAGUCCUGAAGCAAUACUAUUGCAAGGUGUAAAACUUUUUAGCAGUUGCAGCAUGGAUGAAUUUAAACAGAUAAUUUUGCAGCCUGAACUUGAAUGUCUUCAGAAUAAAACAAUUUCAAGAGUGAUUUCCCCAAAAGAAGAUGCAGUUUGCGGCAAUUCAAUUUUGGAAGCAGGAGAGCAAUGUGAUUGUGGCACAGACGCCCAGACAUGCACUCAUAAAAAAUGCUGUAAUCCUAAAGAUUGCAGUCUGCUGGGAGCUGCAGAAUGUGGCAGUGGGGUAUGCUGUGAUGUAAAUACUUGCAUGAUAUUUGAAAGAGGACGUCUAUGUAGGAAAAGCAAAGAUAUGUGUGAUCUUCCAGAAUAUUGCAAUGGAUUGUCUGAGUUUUGUGUACCUGAUCGCCGAGCUGCUGAUUGGGAACCAUGCAGUAAUAAGACUGCCUUUUGCUAUAAAGGAGUGUGCCGAGAUCCGGAUAUACAGUGUGUAGAGUUAUUUGGAAAAUUUGCUAAAGGAGGUCCUUAUCUGUGUUUACAAGAAGUGAAUUUACAAAGUGACAAAUUUGGAAACUGUGCUGGACGUUGUGAUUAUAAGAAUACCCAUUGUGGAAAAAUGGUUUGUCACUGGACACAUUCAGAAUUAGUAUCAAUCCUUUACCACGAUGUGCAAUAUACUUUCAUUGGAGGCUUUGUAUGUUUGUCUGCAGCUUUAACAAAUUCUUCAAGAAAAGAUGAGACCUAUGUAAAAGAUGGUACUAUUUGUGGGCCCAACAAGAUUUGCAACGAUCUCCAUAAUUGUCAUUGUGAUGUUGGAUAUUCUCCCCCAACUUGCGACCCAUCACCAGGAUCACCAGGAGGAAGCAGCGAUGAUGGGUUUUGGCUUAUAAGAGAAGGUUUCAAUGCAAAGAUGCCCUUAUUUGUAAAACGACCCAUUUCUCCUCAAAAAAAUGGCCUUUUGAUAAGUUUCUACAUUCUUCUACCUUUCCUCAUUUUAACUGCCACUGUUAGUCUCAAAUGGAAAACAAUGAAAGGAUUUUGGCACAAAGCAGAAACUGCAAGCAUAGGAUCUUUCUCAGAAGUCAGCAAUAGUAACAGCAGCCAGUCACAGCGUUAAAGCAAUUAAAUGAUAAUAUCAAAAAGCCAUAAGAUGGAGAAAGGAUGUUACCAAGAAACUCACUAUAAACUGGC